AUAGGUAAGACAUGCCCACCUCCAGAAGCUCCGGAAAAUGCUGAAGCAAUUGGCAAUAACACGGUUGGUUCCGUCGUCAAAUUCUUGUGUAAAGAGGGCUUCUAUCGACUUGGAAAUCUUCAUGGACUCAGAUGUCAGUCAAAUGGACAAUGGACUAAACACAAUGUGUCUUGUGUUGGUCAGUACAGAUUAGAUGUCAAGUAAUUUCAUCAUGGUUAUGAUUCUCCAUAUAUAGUCGAACCUGUAACAAGCACUCACCCACCGGGAAUGCGGGAAUGGCGGGGUGACUGCCUAGUACAGUUUCCACAGUUUAAGGUACUAGAAAAACGAUAAACAACGCCACUUGGGAGGGAAAAUGUAUCAAAAAGUACUUUAAAGAUUAUUCUUAGUUUCAAUUCAAUACAGGCAGAGGACCAUAAAGACAGGCCGUCGGGAUAAAAUAAAGGACCGACCACUUAAUAGAGGUGAACAUUACAGUGAUUAAGGGGAAGAAAUUCGGGACUUUGACAACUGACUGCUUAAUACAGGUUCGACUGUAACAAUUUAUGAAACACGUCUAUUUCUUGGAACUGAUUGUUUUGUUCUCAACAUUUCUGUUUUAAAAUUAUUGUUCCAUAUUUUAAUUUGCUGUUGUUACAUUAUUUACCUUAAUUAAAUGAUAUACAGUCGUGACUCAUGUUCUAUUAUUUCAAUAAUGUUGACGAUGAUUUUCAUUUUCUAAUUCUAUUUAUUUUAACUUGAUUUAGUUAUCGGAUCCUAUCUCUUUUCAGCUGUAAGUUGUGGAGACCCUGGAUCUCCCUUGAAUGGAAAACGCAAUGGCUGGUUAUUUCAGUACAAUAACAAUGUCACUUUCGACUGCCAUCGCGGUUUUAAACUGGUAGGCCCCAAUGCAAGAACAUGUCGUGCGAACCAAACCUGGAGUGGCACGCAGCCAAUUUGCAAACGUAAGAUUACAUUAUGCAGCAAGAUGUACUCUUGUAUUUUAAAAAUGUAGUAUACGAUUAAAACGAAUCAUCAUGACCCCGUGUCAAUGAAGUCUCCUGUGUAACGAACAGAAUUCACGAUUUCACCCACGAUAGUAAUAUGGAUGUAAGUAAGAGAGAAUAACGUACCAUCUUUCCUCUUGAUGUAACAGAAUCCAACUAAUAUAAACAAACCCUCAUUCCGCUGACGUAGUUUCCCGUUAUUUAGUUAUUUAAAAAGUCCAAAAGAGUACAACAGUGUCGGCAUAUUCUCAGAAAGCACGUUACAAUAAACCAAUCAGAAUCCCAGUUAUAAUGGUUCAAAUAAUCUGAUUGGCUGUAUAAGACUAAAGCUGUCAAAAACGUCAAACCAUGAAAUUUCACAUUCUGCAAUAGUUUACAAACUUAAGUAGUUCGGCAGGUCGAAGUUUUUUAGGGAGUGUCAGUGUAACCGAUUGAUCACGGGUUGCUGGACUGGUUGUCGCGAGUUCAAGCAUCACACCUUGCUACUCACUAGAUUGUUCUCAUUUGCCUUAAGUGCAACUACCUGGCUGCACCUUCCAGAGAACCAACUGGUCCACCUCCUGCUAGUUGGUAUUUUUUUAACAUUAGGAUUAUUUACAAUUUUUUCUUUUUUUUUUAUUUUCUUGAGAAGAGAAGACCCAUUAGGUAACUAUCAAUUGAGGCCAUUGUUUUUAUUACUAAUAUUAUUACUAUAAUUAUUUUUAUUACUGUUAUUAUCAUUUCCUGUUUAGUGGUAACGUGUGCUGAUCCCGGUACACCUCAACACGGUUCAACAAAUUCAACCGGCCCUCCAUUCUCUUAUCUGUCAAUGAUCUUCUAUAAAUGUAACGAUGGAUACAUUUUGUAUGGAUCUGACAGGCGCUCUUGUGUUGGUGAAGGGGAGUGGACUGGGAUGCAACCGUUUUGUGUUGGUAAAUAAGUAAACAUCUCUGUACCUUUGAUUAACGAUAUCAUGGUAGUACAUCUUUUAUUUCGCUUUAUCAUGUUUCAUGAUGAUCAGCUUCUUUCCCUUCAAUCAUUGCACUGUUUUAGUGCUUCUUUCGGUUUCUCUUCCUUACUAUUAACUUACACUUUCAUUUUAUCAUUUUUACACUUAUAAGUCCAUUGUCAAUCAAUCUUCUUUUCAUUUUUUCUUACUUUGUUUUUUUAAAGCCGCCUCCAGGGGUUUCAAAAUAUUUUGUGAAAAGUUUAUUAAGGGCCAUUAGCUCGCCGGCUUGUUUUGAAACCCUGCGCUUCUAGUUUUACCUCAGCUUCACCUUCUUAAAGUUCAUUUACCUUAUAAGCACGUUUUCCAGAGGGACAGGCGAAUUUUAAUGCUCGAGUGUUAUUUUCUCAGAUUUACAUCUAUCUAUUUAUCUAUUUGUUUAUUUUAUAGAAUGUGCAGGUGUUAACACCCCGGUCUUUGUCAGGAAUGGCCGACAUUUCAUCCAUGGAAUAAUUCAGCAGAAAAGCAAAAAUAUCGUGACAGUUCUGAUUGACUCAUCCAAAGAACAUAGAGAUGUUGCGAUAUUUGGACCUGGAACACAACAUUACAUUAUAGUAGAGGACAAACUCCCAUCUCCGGAGAACAUCUUCUUGGGAACGCGUGUGAUUGCAAUGCAAAGAGGAACGUACAUCUUUGCAAAGGUUGACGCGAUCAAUGGUGACAAGUAUUCGGUAACAUUUGAGGACAAACAGCGGACUAAGCAGACUGUGGCAUUGGAGCAUAUCCGUAACUUGUUUCCUCCGAUAUUCUGUGGUAAGUCAGUCAUGGUACCUUUAUGUAAGCUAAGAAGCCUAUUCAAGGGUUGAGGGAAUUUUUAUUAGCCACCUUCAACAAAAUCAUGCGGUCAAUCUGCCCAGCUCAACGUCCUCCUCUUUCUUAUAUAAGUAGCCAAUACUUUCUUGUAAAAACCUGACGGUCGACGAAAUUUUUCCUUUAAAAGUCUUACAAAGUGACAUCCAAAUGAGGACAUGCUCUUUCUGUUUUGUCCAAGAACUAGACCGCAUCUUACGAAGAAACAUUCCUAUGGCUUUUAACUGUACAUGUCCCAUUAACCAGCGUCUUAAUUUAUUGGCCUGAGCCAAAAUUGAAGCUCUUAAAAACUUUGGACUAAGCUCAACUAACAGCUGCUUUUCGAGAAAUGUGCUCGCGCUCCUUGGAAUAUAACUUAGCCACUAAGUUAUAUCCCAAAGAGCGCGAUCUUAACGCUCCAAGGAGUGGAACUUAACUCUUGGCAGCACGAUUAUCAAAGACUACGUAUAAAUCUUAUAUUUAUUACUUGUCGGAAACAGAAUAAUAGCAUAGAUAUCAAAUAGCGAUUGUGAAAUGUUUGUCUGGAAAUUUUGUUAUUCUUAUGUCUGGAAGAUUCGUAUCUAGCCAAUCAGCGUUCUUUUUUAACUAAGGUGUCCCGCAAAGAUAAGGAACAAUUGUCUGUGAUUUAUUUAGCUUUCAGUCGAAGUAAUCUUUUAUACCAGUCGAGUCGAGGAGUUGUGACAGUUGUGAAACCUAGUGAGAAUAGAAGAGGAGAAGAAUAAAAAUCUAGUGAAGACGAGACAGUGUGGGCUAUCCUUAAAAAUAAAUUCCCCACAUACUCUUGACAAAAGAUGAAAAUUUCCACUUAAUCUAGGCUAGUUUUCUGGAAUCACCCUUUGAUUUAUACCAUUACAGCAACAUGUUCAGACCCUGGAAAACCAAACAAAGGCUUUAGAACGGACAAUUUGGAGGAGUUUAUUGCAAGGACCGAAGUGGAAUUUGGUUGUAAAAUAAAUACCAGUCUGAUCGGAUCAAGUAAAAGAACUUGUCAACCAAAUGGAAGAUGA